AUGUCGGAGGAGCAAACUGAUUUUAACACCAGUCGCAACAAUGUUGACAAUACCUCAACUAGAGUCCAGAGCAGUUUCGUGUUUUCAGGACCAAUAUUUGUCAUUUUGAUGUUGAUGAUGGUGACUUUGGUUGUUAUGAUAGUUUUGGGCAACGCACUGGUCAUUUUGGCUUUUAAAGUCGACAAGAGUUUGAGAAGACAAUGCAAUUACUACUUCCUGAAUUUGGCAAUAUCAGAUUUUCUUGUUGGGGCUUUCUGCAUCCCAGUUUACAUCCCUUACAUCCUCACUGGCAAGUGGAUGCUGGGCCGAGGACUGUGUAAGCUGUGGCUGGUCAUGGACUACCUGCUUUGUUCUGCGUCUGUCUUCAACAUUGUCCUCAUCAGCUAUGACCGCUUCCUGUCAGUCACCAGAGCAGUAAGUUACCGUGCCAGACAAAGCAUGACUCAUCAAGCCAUUAUGAAGAUGAUUGCUGUCUGGGUGUUAGCCUUUGUCCUGUACGGUCCAGCCAUCAUAUUCUGGGAACUGGUGGUGGGCAGAAGCCGCGUGCCAAAGGAUGAGUGCUUUGCGGAGUUCUAUUACUCUUGGUACUUCCUGCUGAGUGCCUCUAUGCUGGAGUUUUUUUCUCCUUUCAUCUCGGUGGCUUUCUUCAACCUCAGCAUUUACCUCAGCAUACGCAGGAGGAGGCUCCACAGCAGGGAGGCCCAGCUCCACCUUCAACUGAGCGAACCUGCCUCUGCGCAGGGGGAAAGUGUCCCCUUGUCCCACAACUGGGGGUUUGGGAAGAAACUGGCUGUAAGAGGUUCCAUUCACUCCCAGACCUCCUCUCCCAGUCUGAACAAACUAGAUCCCUCAACCAGCAGGGCUGCCCAGCCUAGCCGUCUGUCCAGGGAUAAGAAAAUUGCUAAGUCCCUGGCCAUCAUAGUGUGUGUUUUUGCCAUCUGCUGGGCACCAUACACGCUACUGAUGAUCAUCCGUGCCGCCUGCAGAGGGCGGUGCAUCCAGCAUCACUGGUACGAGGUCACCUUCUGGCUCCUGUGGCUCAACUCUGCUAUUAACCCAUUCCUGUACCCGCUUUGCCACAGUAGCUUCCGCAGGGCCUUUAGCAAGAUACUUUGCCCAAGGUGGCAUACUACUCCCUCGUCAUCUGUCCUCCGUGCUGGCCAGUGA